AUAAUUUGUAUGUUUUCCGUUAUUUACUACAGCACAAGUGAAUAAUCAAAGAUCGUUAAAAGCACGUCCUGUGAGUGAGUGUUGCUCUUAAUCUGCAGGAGGCUGCUAAACAGUUUCUAGUGAUUUAUUAACAUAAGUGCUCUUUCUUAGUUCAAUUUAGUAAUUUGUGUGUUAGUCUGUGAUAUUUCAAUUUGAAUAGUUGAAAAGAUGGCAGCAGAAACUGAAAUAAAUGGAGAGAAGCCUGCAAUGAAAACGAAGAACAAGUCCUACUAUUACGAGUCAAAUGAUGAUUUAAAUACUUAUUUUGCAAACAAUAGAAUUGAAAUUCCCGAAGUAGAGAAGAGUGGAUUUAGUUUUAGAAAAUUAUGGGCAUUUACAGGACCUGGAUUUCUUAUGUCCAUCGCUUACUUAGAUCCAGGCAAUAUCGAAAGUGAUCUCCAGUCAGGAUCAAUAGCUAGAUAUAACUUACUAUGGGUCUUAUUUGUCUCAACCAUAUUGGGAUUUGUUAUGCAAAGUCUUGCAACAAAAUUAGGUGCAGUCACAGGGUUACAUUUAGCAGAAAUGUGUCAUCGCCAGUAUAAAAAAGUUCCUAGGCUCUUGCUGUGGAUAAUGAUUGAGAUAGCGGUUAUAGGAUCAGAUAUGCAAGAAGUUAUAGGAACUGCAAUUGCAAUUUAUAUGCUCUCUAAUAAGGCUGUACCAUUGUGGGGAGGAUGUCUUAUCACGAUCAUUGACACAUUUACUUUUCUUUUUCUGGAUAAAUACGGACUGAGAAAGCUAGAACUGUUCUUUGUAUUUCUUAUCAGUAUUAUGGGAGUUACUUUUGGAUAUGAAUACGUAAUGUCUGCUCCAUCUUCAGCAGAUGUUACCAAAGGACUGUUUUAUCCGAUAUGCGAGGAUUGUAACUCAGCCGUGGUGCUGCAAGCCGUUGGAGUGGUUGGAGCUGUGAUAAUGCCACAUAAUUUAUAUCUUCACUCUGCAUUAGUGAAGUCUCGGAACAUCGACAGAAAGAAGCCAGAGAAAAUUUCUGAAGCAACGUUUUACUAUUCAAUAGAAAGUGCUAUUGCUCUACUGUGUAGCUUAAUAAUCAAUAUAUUUGUAGUAGCUGUUUUUGCUUUCGGCAUGUACCGGAAAACAAACAAUGAUCUGAGAGAUGUAUGCAGUAAUAGCAGUUCCGCCAUGUUCAAUAUUUCCUCAGACGUUUUCCUUGCCAAUGAUGAUAUAGUCGAUGCUGAUAUUUACAAAGGAGGAAUUUUCUUGGGAUGUACAUUUGGCAUGGCGGCUAUGAUUAUUUGGGCUGUUGGUAUUCUUGCAGCUGGGCAAAGUUCUACUAUGACAGGAACGUAUGCUGGUCAAUUCUGUAUGGAAGGAUUUCUGAACCUUCAAUGGCCAAAAUGGAAACGUGUGCUGUUCACAAGAAGCAUAGCCAUGAUCCCAACAUUUUUUACGGCUUUCUUCAGCUCACUACAGGACCUAACCACUUUAAAUGACUUCCUAAACGCUGUGAUGAGUCUUCAGUUGCCAUUUGCCUUAAUUCCAACUAUAGCAUUCACUAGCAAUCCAAAAAUAAUGGGCAAAUUCGUCAAUGGACUACCUUACAAAAUAACGUCGAUUUUCCUAGCUACAGCUAUUAUCGGAAUCAACAUAUUUUUUGUUGCCACUACAAUCCAAGAGGAAAACUUAAAUACUUAUAUUUUGGCAUCUAUUUACAUAUUGAGUGUCGGAUAUUUCUUUUUGGUUGCUUAUGUAGUUGUUCAUAUGUUCAUCAGCUUCACAGGCGACACAUACAACGAAGUUCCUUGGGUAAAGAAGUAUAUGAUACUGCCUUUAGAUGAAAAUAAUCGCAACCAUGUUCUCUGAAUGGAAAAAACUACUCAUUUAGGCGUUGAUUUCAGUCAGGAUAUUUAACACAUGACAAAUAAUCACUUCGACAAAUUCAUCGAAUUUUAGAUUUAGCAGAGCUAAAAUGCAAUAAAUUUUAUCAAGCAGCUAGAUACAUGAUGUACAUAUUUAUAAGGCUGAUAGAUAAAUUCAAAACUCACUUUACAAGUAAAAAAGUUUUUAGAGUAAAACUUUCCGAGUGCUACCAUUCUCAAUUAUUAUAUUUACCAAUUAUAAUAGAAGAUAGGAACUAUUAUAUUAUACUGUACAUACAUUUCUUUGUAUAAAAUUAUUUACAAUAAAAACUCUGACAAUUC